UGUUGGUUAUGUUUACAAAUGCAAUCGUUUGUGGUACUACUUUAGUUUUGCGAAGAAAAACAAGUAAUUUAAUUGAAUUGUCAAUUAAAAUCGAAAAGAUAUCGUUAUGGGCAAGGCCAUGUCCAUGGUGGCUCGCAGAGCCAAUCGCUUUAAUGCGGAGAAUCGAGCACAUCGUGUGUUGGAACAAGAGAAACCGAUGCCGGCACCAAAAUAUGAAUCCAAUUUGCGGGACAUGGAACGCACUCUAGAAUUGGAUCCCAAGUUCGUGGACAAGCUGAACACAAAGGACGCCGGCUUGGACACACGACUAAAAGAUGUUUAUGUAACAUCGCAGGAUCAAUUUAUACAACGUGUGCUGGAAAGACAAGCGGCAACAGCUGCCGAGAAUAUAAAACGACCACUUCCAUUAAAACGCAAUGCGCCCGAUGACUUUGAGUACGGAUAUUUGGAGCCAGCUCGUGUAACUCAUGGAAGAUGCACUCUGCGUCAGGCGCUGCAGUUCAUCAAUGAUCAUCAGCUUGAUCCGGAAACUUGGCCGUCUAAGAAAAUAGCUGAUGAGUACAAACUAAAGGAACCGCAUGUUGAAAACAUAUUGAAAUAUUUCAAGACGUUUAGUGUCUAUAUACCGGAUCAGAAGUACAAGGACACAUUGCUGACGCAGGCUAAGCAGAAGAUGCUCCGGGAGAAGCCAAGUUCCGAUGAAAAUAAUAGUAGUAAAUCAUAGAUAGUUAGCAAAUUACAAUGUAAUCGUGAGCCUUCUGCAUAGUUAAAUAAUUGUUGUUAAUUUACACCUA